GCCCUGAUGUCAGCCAAGCUCUACGUGCUCAUCAGCUGGCCGGAUGGCAGCCGGGUCAUCAGUGUGGAGAACAUCAAGGAGCCCCGCAAGCCCUUCCACCUCUACACAGUGGGGGAGCAGGUCCUGGCCCGAUGCCCCGGCUUCAGUGGCCUCUACUGGGGUGUGGUGGAAGGCAUCAGUGAGCACAAAGAUGUUUUGGAGAAGAAGCUGCUGGAAGAUCGACAGCUCCUGGAGAAGUUAAAAGAAGAACCAGCUGUCCACAGCAUGAUGCCAUCCCCACCAAAAAAAUCCAGGAAAACCUUCCCCAAAUGGACCCAYGGGAACGCAUCCAGGAAAUACCCCAGUGACAGGAGCUAUCCUGCAAAGCCACUGCUGAGGGUGGCUGAGGCCAGCCUGCCCCACGAUGCCAGCAACUCCUCCAUCCUCAAGGACAGACAUGUCCUGGGAGGCUCAGCAGGAAGCCCCCGUUCCCUGGCAGCUCCUCCCCACCCAGCCAGCGCCUUCACAGCUCCAUCUGCCUUCAUCACCAUGGCCAUGCCAGGGCCAGGCACUUCCCAGGGUGAAGAGGACAGGGCUGCUCCAGCUGCCAGAGAUUACAUCACCCUUCCAAUGAAGAGGAAGUCAGAUGGCAUCCUGUCCCCAUGCCAGCAGCACAUCUGUCUGAACAGUGAGUAG